GAGGUUGCUGGGCUCUCGCAUAAUCAAACAGCGGACACGAUAGCCAGGUCAACUUCUUCUGACAUUUAAUAAGUGGACCCCAAGAUGGCGCGAUUGAGAUGCUGACGUCACGUGAAUGCGCUCUAUACCAGCUGCUGCUGCUGGAAGUUGCGCUCUGGAAGUUAGCGUCUUCGACCCUUUCAGUAGCAUAACUACAAGCUAACUAGCCUACUAGCUGACCAUGACGGGCAAAAGGGCGCUCGUGAUCCUGUCUAAUGGUGCGGAGGAGAUGGAAACGGUCAUCCCUGUGGACAUCAUGCGGAGAGCUGGGAUUGCAGUGACGAUUGCAGGGCUGACGGGCAAAGAGCCAGUCCAGUGCAGCAGAAACGUCGUGAUUUGUCCUGAUGCCAGUCUGGAAGAGGCCAUGGCCCAGGGCCCGUACGAUGUGGUGCUUCUGCCAGGAGGAAUGCCAGGGGCCCAGAAUCUGGCAGAGGCUCCUGCUGUGAAGGAGGUGCUGAAGGAACAAGAUGGCAGGAAGGGUUUGAUUGCAGCCAUCUGUGCAGGUCCCAUUGCUCUGCUGGCACAUGGCAUCGGGUACGGCAGCACAGUCACUACACAUCCUGCCAUGAAGGACAAGAUGAUGGCUGGAGAUCACUAUAAAUAUUCAGAGGCCCGAGUACAGAAGGAUGGACAUUACAUCACCAGCCGUGGGCCAGGAACCAGUUUUGAGUUUGCCCUAACGAUUGUAGAGGAACUUAUGGGGGCGGAGGUGGCAGCUCAAGUCAAGGCUCCUCUUGUUAUGAAAGAUUGACUGUCGCCGUGUUCUCUAACAUCCUGCAAGCACCACUGCCCGCUGUAGACGUUUUGCACUACUGAGACAGCUAAUCCAAUCUCGCUGGCACUAAGACUCAAAGUCACUAGUGUUGAAUCCUUCUCCCUAGGGGGGCACAAGGAUGUUUCUGUUCUGACAUGUUAUUGUCUUCCUUUGUCUUUUUAGGUUGCCAAUGAUAGACUUCUUUUUUGUUUUACUAAGAAAUACAGUUUUGAUUCAAAGGCUUUCUAUAUGGGAUUUAUUGAUUUUUGUUGCAUUGUACUUGUCCCACAAAUUGCCAAUUUGUUUGCCAGGGUGAAUUGUUUCACUUGACAUUAAAACAUGAAUUUGCUUAAACUC